AUGACGACCAACAACCCGCCGGACUUCCUUACCAUAAUCAAGCAGUUAUCCCUUGAUUCGAUAAGCCUGCACCCAACCCGAACAAGAUUUCUGGAACAUCGCAAGGUUUGCUUACAUACGAUAGGCCUGAAUCUGACCGAAGAAAAACUUUCUACAGAAGUCUCCAGACUCGCGGAAAGCGGUCAGCAGAUAGAAGCUGCCUUUCUUGCCCUUUUACUGCACAACCAUAAUCUGGCCCUAACUGCACUCAAGACUGGCAAGAAUUUGCCCCGUCAUAGAGUAUUAGCAAUCGCAGUUGCCGGCUAUGAUCGAGGCAAUAACGACGGCUUGUGGAGUGAAGCAGUUGAUGAUAUGCGUCAAAACGCUGAGGACCCAUACUCUCGGGCUAUUUUCGCUCUCGUUCGCCGUGGUAAUUGGCGUGAUGUUCUGAAAGAACCUUCCCUGCCCCUCACUUAUAGCACUGCCAUCGCCCUUCUUCACCUCUCCGACACCGAAGUGACGAAACAUAUUAAUGAUGCCACCACAAGCGCUGAGGCUAGCGGCGACAUCUCAGGCAUCUUCCUGACUGGCCUGACUGAGCAAUCCAUCUCCCUCUUUGAAACGUACAUCACAAAGCACCCCGAUCUGCAAACCACAGUCCUGGCUUUCGCACACGUUGUGCCUCGUUACUUUACAUCUCAUGUCGAUGUGCAGAACGCUGGUGGGACCGGCAAAGGAUUUGUCCUGUCGUGGGCUGUGAUUGCGUUUGUCGCGUUAGCAGUUGAGAAGCCCAUAUUCUCAGCUAGUAUCGAGGUGACGAUGUCUCAAACGGUUGUGUAG